AGUAAGGGAAGGACAGCAAACCCUAACACCAACAUAUUGCGUAAAAAUUGGAUUAGCUGUGUUUAUACUCUGCAGUCGGGGAGAGGAAAAUGUCGUCGGAGGAGCAGAAGAUCUCCGAUGGAACCCCGCCGACGCAGGAAGUGCAGUCUCUCGCCAUCAAUGAACAGGCUCCAAGAUUCCCUACUCUUGAUGAUCAGGUCGUUGACUGAGGAGGAGAGAGCAAGAGGAGAGAGGAGGUUUGAUCAGGUAUUUAGCGUAGGUGAGGAGUGUAUUCAGGAUUACGAGCUCUUCAAUCUUCUUGCCAAGAAAGAUCAACCAAUCUGUUAUGACGGAUUUGAGCCGUCCGGAAGAAUGCAUAUUGCCCAGGGAGUAAUGAAGGCAAUUAAUGUAAAUAAACUGACCGGUGCUGGUUGCAAAGUGAAAAUAUGGAUUGCAGAUUGGUUUGCACAGCUAAACAACAAAGUGGGGGGCGACUUAAAGAAGAUUCAAACAGUUGGUCGUUAUUUGAUUGAGAUUUGGAAAGCUGUUGGCAUGAAACUUGAGGAUGGUAAAGUUGAAUUCUUGUGGUCUUCUGAAGAAAUCAACUCCAGGGCAGCUGAGUACUGGCCUCUAGUUAUGGAUAUAGCUCGCAGGAAUAAGCUUCCUAGAAUUAUGAGGUGUUGUCAAAUUAUGGGUCGCAGCGAAACAGAUGAGUUGGCAGCAAGCCAGAUAUUCUACCCUUGCAUGCAGUGUGCCGACAUAUUUUUCCUCAAGGCUGAUAUAUGCCAGUUGGGCAUGGAUCAAAGAAAAGUUAAUGUACUUGCAAGAGAGUACUGUGAUGACAUAAAGAGAAAAAACAAGCCUAUAAUCUUAUCCCAUCACAUGCUACCGGGAUUGCAGCAAGGGCAAGAAAAGAUGUCAAAAAGUGACCCAUCCUCUUCCAUCUACAUGGAAGAUGAGGAGGCAGAAGUAAAUGCGAAGAUAAAGAAAGCGUACUGUCCGCCAAUGAUUGUUGAAGGAAAUCCUUGUCUGGAGUAUAUCAAAUACAUCAUCUUUCCAUGGUUUCAUGAGUUCAGCGUGAAGCGUAGUGUAGAAAAUGGUGGAAACAAGACCUACAAUAUCUAUGAAGAACUUGUUGCUGACUAUGAAAAGGGUCAAUUACAUCCAGCUGACCUGAAAAUUGCUUUGCAAGGUGCUUUAAACAGGAUUUUGCAACCUGUACGUGAUCAUUUCAAAUGCGAUGCUAAUGCUAAGGAUCUUUUGAUACGGGUCAAGGGUUAUAGGCUAACCAGGUGAUUAUGAAGAAGAUUUGUUUUCUUCCUUCACUGAUUUCUGCUCAAACGAAUGCCUAUUACUACAUAUGUUUAGAUGUUGAAGGCAAAUUAAAUGGUGAAAGUUUUCCUUUGUUCAAGUGGUUAACUUUUUUUUUUUUUAAACUUCUAUAUUGAGAUGAACUUUGCUGAUUACAUGAAAAGAGGUUACGGAGAUAAACUUAGUUCAUGUUGCUAAUGGUACUGAGAUAUAUCAUGUCAGAUUGUGAAUUUUUCUCAACGGAAGUGCAUUAUCAAUAACAGUGGAUUUUAUUGUA